GUUCCGGUUGCUAAGGUCGGUGGCGUCCCUGACAACCAGGACGUUCUCCCUGGGGCCUGUAUCUCUGCAGGGGAAGGGCCUGGACAUGUCUGAGGGUAAGGCCAUACACACUUGACUGACUGAUUGACUGACUGAUUAAGUGAUUUAUAUAUUGAUUUGUUGAUUGAUUGAUUAAUUGAUUAACUGACUCACUCACUGUUAUGAAGUUCAUUUCCACUACUCUUGGGGUAUGAUGGCAAGACUAGAGGACAUUGAGACUCCAUCUAGUCUCCUCUUCUGACCUCUAACCCAUGACUUGUUUUGUGUCUCCACAGGAAAUGCUCACUUGCUAAUGUCCAAUGGUGUGUUGGUAACCUGAAUCCUAAUUGUAUAAAACACUUACUUAAUUCAGUCUUAAUUCAACUUAAUCCUGCCUGCAUGUAGUUUAGCUGUCUCUCAAACACACUGCCUUGAACACAAACGCUCUCCUCUCUCUCUCUCUCUCUCUCUCUCUCUCUCUCUCUCUCUCUCUCUCUCUCUCUCUCUCUCUCUCUCUCGAUAUCCAGCAACAUGUGGUCUGUUGAGCUGGUUGUACAGCCUUGUUUCCCUCUUCCAUUUCUUACAGACUGAACUAUGAAUGCACCCGUGGCCUGUGGCAGUGGCUGGCACCUCUUAACGAUGCUGCUGUACCCUAUUCUAUAGAAUAUAGACCUUCACUGUUCUCUAUACUGACUGUAUUUUCAUCAGAGAUGGACCCUCAGGAUGUCUUGAGCUGGUUGCUGUCUUGGUCAUCUCUCUCUCUCCCUCAAGUGUCUUGUUUAAUAUCGUCUCAACAUUAUGACAUCACAGUGACGCCAGUCAGGUGGGCCACAAACCAAUAGGCAAAUCUCAAAUUACACCUGAUUACCUUGUCAGUGCACUACUGAUUUCUCCCCAUUGCGUGCACACCCUCGAGCUGCAGCGCAAAGCCACUCAGUGGCUCCAUAUGCUAGCUGGAACAACAGUGGAGCUGAUAUUGUGUAUCCUUCCCAGACCUCGCCUAUGGGGCGGCGCACAAUUGGCCCAGCGUCAUCCAGGGUAGGGGAGGGAAUGGCCGGCAGGGAUGUACAGUGGGGAAAAAAAGUAUUUAGUCAGCCACCAAUUGUGCAAGUUCUCCCACUUAAAAAGAUGAGAGAGGCCUGUAAUUUUCAUCAUAGGUACACCUCAACUAUGACAGACAAAUUGAGAAAAAAAAAUCCAGAAAAUCACAUUGUAGGAUUUUUAAUGAAUUUAUUUGCAAAUUAUGGUGGAAAAUAAGUAUUUGGUCACCUACAAACAAGCAAGAUUUCUGGCUCUCACAGACCUGUAACUUCUUCUUUAAGAGGCGCCUCUGUCCUCCACUUGUUACCUGUAUUAAUGGCACCUGUUUGAACUUGUUAUCAGUAUAAAAGACACCUGUUCACAACCUCAAACAGUCACACUCCAAACUCCACUAUGGCGAAGACCAAAGAGCUGUCAAAGGACACCAGAAACAAAAUUGUAGACCUGCACCAGGCUGGGAAGACUGAAUCUGCAAUAGGUAAGCAGCUUGGUUUGAAGAAAUCAACUGUGGGAGCAAUUAUUAGGAAAUGGAAGACAUACAAGACCACUGAUAAUCUCCCUCGAUCUGGGGCUCCACGCAAGAUCUCACCCCGUGGGGUCAAAAUGAUCACAAGAACGGUGAGCAAAAAUCCCAGAACCACACGGGGGGACCUAGUGAAUGACCUGCAGAGAGCUGGGACCAAAGUAACAAAGCCUACCAUCAGUAACACACUACGCCGCCAGGGCCUCAAAUCCUGCAGUGCAAGACGUGUCCCCCUGCUUAAGCCAGUACAUGUCCAGGCCCGUCUGAAGUUUGCUAGAGUGCAUUUGGAUGAUCCAGAAGAGGAUUGGGAGAAUGUCAUAUGAAACCAAAAUAGAACUUUUUGGUAAAAACUCAACUGGUCGUGUUUGGAGGACAAAGAAUGCUGAGUUGCCUCCAAAGAACACCAUACCUACUGUGAAGCAUGGGGGUGGAAACAUCAUGCUUUGGGGCUGUUUUUCUGCAAAGGGACCAGGACGACUGAUCCGUGUAAAGGAAAGAAUGAAUGGGGCCAUGUAUCGUGAGAUUUUGAGUGAAAACCUCCUUCCGUCAGCAAGGGCAUUGAAGAUGAAACGUGGCUGGGUCUUUCAGCAUGACAGUGAUCCCAAACACACCGCCCGGGCAACGAAGGAGUGGCUUCGUACGAAGCAUUUCAAGGUCCUGGAUUGGCCUAGCCAGUCUCCAGAUCUCAACCCCAUAGAAAAUAUUUGGAGGGAGUUGAAAGUCUGUGUUGCCCAGCGACAGCCCCAAAACAGCACUGCUCUAGAGGAGAUCUGCAUGGAGGAAUGGGCCAAAACAGUGUGUGACAACCUUGUGAAGACUUACAGAAAACAUUUGACCUGUGUCAUUGCCAACAAAGGGUAUAUAACAAACUAUUGAGAAACUUUUGUUAUUGACCAAAUACUUAUUUUUCACCGUAGCUUAGGUUGAUUUUGUAUUUGGCAUGACUGUUUGAUGAAAUUAACUCAUCUUUUAAGGAUGUGGGCUAUUUUUUUCCCCACUGUAGCUUAGUUGGUAGAGCAUGGCGUUUGCAACGCCAGGGAUGUGGGUUCGAUUCCCACGGGGGGCUAGUAUGAAAAAAUAAAAAAUUAAUGUAUGCACUCACUAACUGUAAGUCGCUCUGGAUAAGAGCGUCUGCUAAAUGACGUAAAUUUAAAUGUAAAAUGUAGUCUCUGUAGCUUGCUGCUGUCAUUCUGUCUGAGGUCAUAUGAUUCCCAUUGCACGUUCUGUUCUGAGCACAGAAUCAGUACACACACACACACACUCAGAGCUGAUCAACUGUGUGGUUGUUUUUCAGUGCGCAACAGGCUGAGAGAGAUUGUGGGAGCGUCUACUAACUGGAGGUACAGUAACAGAAGCAGUAAAGCUACUUUGUAAUGAGAUAUUGAUACCAUGACAGGAAGGCCUGUGUUUACUUGUUAUAGAUGUUUAUGACCUUGUUAAACUCACAGCUCAUUCCUGAUGUAUCUCUCUUUCCCUAUCUCCCAUCCUGUAGAGACCACCAGCAGGCGUUAGCUGACCGUUUGUCAUUGUCCAAUCAGCUGGCUGGUUCUCAGGAUGAGCUUCCUGUCCGCAGGAUGAAGGACAGCUACAUAGAGGUCCACCUUCCCCUGGGCACAGACCCUACACUUAGAGAGAAAUACCUCAACUACCACAAAGGUGUCAGGUAAUACAUGCAGAUACACGCUCACACACACACACACACACACACACACACUUCCUUUCCCCCGUCUCAGUCUGGUGUCUGUAUUCCAGGUUUGGCCGUAUCCUGGAGGAUCUGGACAGUCUAGCAGGUAGGACCAUAUGACAUCAUCACCUCAACAACAAACUGGUACAUGGUAUUACACUGGUAUUACUAUUCUCUCUCUCUCUCUCUCUCUCUCUCUCUCUCUCUCUCUCUCUCUCUCUCUCCCACUCAGUGUUGAUCUGUUACUCUCACACCCAUAACAAGGCACUUCCGAGAUCUCCUCUGUCCAUCGUCACUGCCCUGGUGGACAAGAUAGGUAUGACGCCCAACAGUCCUGAUAAAACACCAGGAUGUACUGUAUAGACCAGUGCAGUGUUUCUCAAAUCUAAUCCAUGGACACCUUUUCCUAGUGUCAUUGAAUAUAUAAAGUUUGUUACUGUUGCAUUCUGGUAGUUGUGGCUAAUUUUCCCUGUAUGUGAUGUCACAGACAUGAGGAAACACAUCAUCCACCCUGACUGUGACAUCAAGUUCACUGGUCACGUGACCUGGGUGGGGAAGACCUCCAUCGAAGCCAAGAUGCACAUGUCUCAGGUACACACACACACACACACACACACACAUACACACACACACAGUAAUAUACUAAUGUCCACAAUAGUGAUGUUAUGUCUGUGUGUAUGUACAGUACCAUGACGGGGCCUACACUCCAGUUCUAGAUGCUACGUUUGUUAUGGUGGCCAGGGACCCUGAGAACAAGAGGUAUACAACAUCCAUCUAAUCAUCCAACCAUCCAUCCAUCCAACCGUCCAUCCAAUCAUCCAUAGUAUCCAACCAUCCAUCCAUAGUAUCCAUCCAUGACUGAUGUCUCUAUUGCUUUGUCUGUCUCUGUCUCUCUCAGGGCAGCGUUUGUUAACCCUCUGAAGCCAGAGGGGCCUGAGGAGGAGGAACUGUUUCAACAGGGAGAGAGUAAGAUGCACUACAUACAUAUGUGUAUAUAUUACUGUGUGUUUGUUUCUAUUAUUUACUGUGUGUGUGUGUGUGUGUGUGUGUGUGUGUGUGUGUGUGUGUGUGUGUGUGUGUGUGUGUGUGUGUGUGUGUGUGUGUGUGUGUGUGUGUGUGUGUGUGUGUGUGUGUGUGUGUGUGUGUCUCCCUCCAGUCAAUAAGACGCGUCGUAUAGAGCUGAGCACAGCGUCUCUGCUGAAGGUGGCCCCUACUGCUGAGGAGAGGAAGAUCGUACACAGCCUGUUCCUCAACACCCUGGACACCAAGUACUACACACACACAACACACACACACACACACAUAUAUAUAUAUAUAUAUAUAUAUACACACACACACACACACAAAUAUACACACACACACAAAUAUACACACACACACAUACAUAUAUUUUUUUUACGUAAACUAUAAGCAACUCAACUUCCAUAGUGUAUCUUUAAAUCACAAUGAUCACUUUCAGGAUACACGUGACCAUACAGGACUUAUUGCAGUCAUAUUUUGUCAUAUCAAAUUGCUGUCACAUUGAUGUUCCCAGUAAAAUGAGAUAAAAGUUCACUUAAGGUAGCAACAAUCUUAAUUGACUAUUCGCACCCAUUGUACAAACACAUACAUUUAUAAGUCAUAAAAAUCUAAAAAGAGCAAACUCACUGAAUCAUAAGCUGUUCAAAAUAUUAUGUAUUUUUUUUUUGCUUCACUGUCCAAUUACAAGUGUUACCUAAUUUAAUUAUGACAACACACACAUCAUAAAAUCCUUUAGUGUGUGGUGAUGGUCUGUCUGUCUGUUGUCCUGUAGGACAGUGAGUUUCCGUAGCAGAGUUCUGCCUCCUAACUCAGUAUGGAUGGAGGAUGCCAAAGUCAAAGGAUUGGAGAUCUGCCAUCCACAGGUUAGAGAGAGGGAAGGAGGGAGAGGGGAGAGGGAGGCAGAGAUAUUUACAACCUGAAACAUUUCUACUUUGUGCUGAGUAAGGUGUGUUUGUGUUUUUUCAGGAGAGGAAUAUCUUUAACAGGAUCUUUGGAGGGUUUCUAAUGAGGAAAGCUUACGAGCUGGGCUGGGCUAACGCAUGCGCCUAUGGGUGAGUGAGCGAGUGUGUUCCCAGCAAACCGAGAAUAUUCCUAGUUACAUUGUGACCUUAUGACAUGUACCCUAAACACACCUCAGCAAUUAUGUCUGGAUUUAAUGAAAUUGGUUCUGCGAAAAUAUUACAGGAAUGUUCUGUUAAUGUUUAUGGAGAUGUUAUGGGUGUUUUGAAUAACAUCAACAUCAAACAAGGAACAUUCCCACAAGACUCUCAUAAAGUUAUAGUGUAAUGUUUUGACUUAUAUGAUUGUCCCAAUAACGUUCCCUAAACAUUCACAAAACCAAUUUAGGUUUUCUGGGUUGUGUGGACCGGUACAAAUGAGAAGAUAUACAUUUGUAUCGGUCCACCACAUACACCUGCGCAUCCUCAUUGUGUGUGUGUUCUCUCUCUCUCUCUCUGCUCCAGGGGGUGUCGGCCUAACCUGGUUGCCGUGGACGAUAUCCUCUUCCAGAAGCCUGUAGAGAUUGGGUCCCUACUCCUGCUCUCGUCACAGGUGUGUGCACACACAAGCAUAUGCAUUGUGUGUUAUAUGAUCUGCUCCAGUUUCAGUGCUGAAACGUCCCUCUCUCUGCAGGUGUGUUACACACAGGGGAAGUACAUCCAGGUCAGAGUUCAUACAGAGGUUCUUGACCCCCUGACUCGGCAGCACAACACCACUAAUGUCUUCCACUUCACCUUCGUCACAGACAAAGACAUCCCCAACAUAGUGCCACAGAGCUACGGAGGUAUGACCUCUAAGCCCUGACCUUUUAACUCUAACCUUAACUAAUGCCGCAUUCAAGUCAUGUCGGAAACUCAGGACAUCCUAGUUAAAAUGAACAUUAUUUACGUAGAGCUUCCUAUUGGUUGAUUCUUAUCCUUCUGUUGUCUCGGGUAUCUUUCUACAACGAGUAAGCAAGUUGGAAAUGUCAGAGUCUUCGAGUUUCCGACAUGCCGUGAACUCAGCAAUAAUACCGCAGAGCUACCGAGGUAUGACCUCUAACCCCUGACCUUUAAACUCUAACCCUAACAUAGUACUGCAGAGCUACGGAGGUACUGUUACUGGAACGUUUGUGCCAACAGAAAGAGAUUAAAGUUAUUGUAAUGUUUUUACUGUAGAUUCCACACAGUCUAACAUUGGCCGUAUGUGUCUGUCUCCAUAGAGUCCAUGUUGUACCUGGAUGGAAAGAGACACUUUAACCAGACACUGGAGUCUCAGUGAGACGUGAUGAACACUGACGAACCCUGACCCAACACAACAACUGCCUGCCAAAGCCUUAGUGUCCAGCCACCGCCCCCGCCCUCCUUACCGUACGCUCUGCGUGUUUGUGUGUGUGUCUACUUGCAUGACAAGGUAUCUAUUCAUUUGUUAACCUCAAUAUGUAC